AUGACAGACAAUACCGACGUGGAGAAGCUCGACAGAGCAUCCACGCCAACACCCACCCCUAAUGAAGCACCCCCAGCAUCUGAACCCUCUGAAUCCAAGCCUGAGGAAACAGAGGAUGAGUCCAAGUACCCCCACGGUCUAAAGCUGGCUGCUAUCAUCCUCUCCAAUAUGGUAGCCAUGUUUCUUGUCGCGUUGGACCGCACCAUCAUCGCAACCGCCAUCCCUCGCAUCACAGAUGACUUCAAAGCCCUUGGUGAUAUCAGUUGGUACGCCAGCGCUUAUCUCAUCACCAGCUCUGCUACGCAACUGCUUUGGGGUCGUAUUUUUACCUUCUACCCGACUAAGACGGUCUAUCUCGUUGCCAUUUUCUUCUUUGAACUUGGUUCCCUUCUCUGUGGCGUGGCACCCAACUCGGUUGCUUUCAUUAUCGGACGUGCCAUUGCUGGCGCUGGUUCUGCGGGCAUCUACUCUGGCUCUACUAUCCUCAUCACCACCGUCACGCCUCUUUCCAAGCGUGCUGGAUAUGUGGGCAUGAUGGGGGCUGUUUUCGGCAUUGCUUCGGUCAUCGCGCCCUUGAUCGGAGGAGCCUUUACUGAUCACGUCACUUGGCGAUGGUGCUUUUACAUCAAUCUUCCAGUUGGAGGAGCCGCUGUGGCCUGCCUCGUUCUUCUCUUCCCCAAGUUUCCCGUCAGCGAACCUGUCUCAAUCAAGCAGCAGAUCAAACAGCUCGAUCCAUGGGGAAACCUUGUCUUCCUCCCCGGAGUCAUCUGCCUCAUCCUCGCCCUCCAGUGGGGUGGUGAGAAAUACUCGUGGGACGAGGGCCGCAUUAUUGCACUUCUUGUGCUGUCCUGCGUGCUUCUCAUUAUCUUUAUUGGCAUCCAGAUCUGGCAACAAGAGAACGCCACCGUUCCACCUCGUUUAUUCAAGAUCCGAAAUGUCUGGCUCGGCACAAUCUUUGCUUUCUGCCUUGGAUCUGUUCUCAUUGUUUUCUUGAUUGCCCUACCCAUCUGGUUCCAAGGUAUUCGAGGAACAGAUGCCAUCACCUCUGGUAUCGAUACACUCCCUCUCGUCCUGUCACUCGUCUUUGGUGCCAUCGUCUCUGGUGGUCUCAUCAAUGGCAUCGGCUGGUUCAACCCCGUCUUCUUCUCAUCAGUAAUAUUCAUGUCAGUUGGUGGCGGGCUUAUCACCACCUUUGUUGUUGACACACCCACCCGCACUUGGAUCGGAUAUCAGAUCAUCCUCGGUCUUGGUAUUGGUCAGGGUAUGCAGCUUGCCAGCUUGGGAGCUCAAGUUGCUGUCAAGCAGAGCGAUGUACCUACAGGUGUAUCCCUCAUGUUCUUUGCCCAGUCCCUUGGCGGUUCAGUCCUUGUCUGCGUUGCCCAAGCCGUCUUCAACAAUGACCUUCGAUCUCGGCUCACUUCAUUUGAUGGACUUGAUGUUGCAAAGAUCAUUGGCGCUGGUGCCACCCAACUACGUCACGUCAUUCCAGCCGAUCUUCUUGCUGAUGUCCUUGUUGAGUACAACGCAGCGCUUCGCAACUAUUUCUACGUUGGUCUCGCAGCUGCUUGUUUUGCCAUUUUACCUUCACUGGGUAUUGAGUGGAAGAAUGUCAAGGGCCAAGAAUUUGUACAUUAG